AGACUUCACAGCAGUCUGACUCGCGCUUCAGUCUCAAACUCUAUACACGAGAACGAAUACGCGUGAGGAGGAUACGCGACAACUUUAGGACGCGACAGAAACUCUCGGAUGCGAAUGAAGGAUUCUACCAGCACCUGAUGAAACAAUUUUACACCAGCUGAUCCACGGACAGUCUUUACCUGUCUUAUAUAGUUUGCGUUUCAUGCAAUUUUAGUUAAAAAAUUUUGUUACUGGAAGACAACUAAAAGAAAUUAAGAACGCAGCCAAUAAUACAAUUUCCAUCAAUACAAACUUUGUUUCUGGCGGGAUUUUACACUGAAGAAUAAGGAUGAGGCAGAUGUUUGGAUGUUAUGGCUUGAUGUUGCUGGUCCUGGGGGUGAUGGGACAGAAACUGCCCACACGUGAUGAGGGUCUCUUUCAGAUGCAGAUCAGAGAUAAAGCAACGUUUCACGACUCUUCUUUUAUGCCCGAUGGAGCUGAGAUCAGUGGAUACCUGUUCAGGGAUACCCCAAAAAGGUACUUUUUUGUGGUGGAGGAAGACAACACUCCGCUAUUGGUGACGGUGACACCUUGUGACGCUCCGCUCGAGUGGAGAUUGACAUUGCAGGAGCUCCCAGAGGACCGCAGCGGAGAAGGAUCAGGUGAGCCAGAACCAUUAGAGCAGCAGAAACAGCAGGUCACAACCAGUGAAGGGACCGAGCUUUUCACCUACAAAGGAAAUGAUGUCGAGUCAUUCAUCGCCACCAGCUCCCCUUCGGGCUUGUACCAGCUGGAAAUCGUCUCUACUGAAAAGGACAGCAACUUCAAGAUUUACGCGACCACAACUCCCGAGUCCGACCAGCCAUACCCAGAGCUGCCUUACGACCCCAGGGUCGAUGUAACCGCACUGGGUCGUACCACCGUCACGCUAGCCUGGAAGCCCACUCCCACUGGCUCUAUAAUGGGCCAGCCGAUCCAGUACUGUGUAGUUAUUAACAAGGAGCACAACUUCAAGAGCUUAUGUGCGGCGGAGGCCAAGAUGAACGUGGAUGAUACUUUCAUGGCCGCUCCAAAACCCGGGAGGGACUUCAGCCCUUUUGACUUUGCUCAUUUUGGUUUCAUCCCAUCUGAGAAUGAUUUCAGUAAGGAUCGUUCCCUCACCACUAACAGAGCUUUGAGCAGCAAAUUGAGCCGCACGUAUAUCCCCAAGCCCAAAGUUUCAGACAUACAGAAAAUCUGCAUUGGCAAUAAGAAUAUUUUUACAGUUUCAGACCUAAAGCCAGACACGCAGUACUACUUUGACGUGUUCGCCGUCAACACGGUCACCAACAUGAGCACUGCGUUUGUGGGCACGUUUGCUCGCACUAAAGAAGAAGCCAAGCAGAAGACCAUGGAGCUCAAGGAUGGAAAAGUCACAGAUGUCUUUGUUAAGAGAAAAGGCAGUAAAUUUCUUCGUUUCGCUCCGGUCUCUUCUCACCAGCGCGUGACGCUCUUCGUGCAUGCCUGUCUGGAUGCGGUUCAGGUUCAGGUGCGCCGCGACGGGAAGCUUGUUCUUUCACAGAACGUAGAGGGCGUCGGUCAGUUUCAACUUCGGGGCAAACCCAAAGCCAAGUACCUGAUUCGUCUUCGUGGUUCUCGGAGGGGUGCUUCCACUUUGAAAGUGCUGGCAAGCACUCGUGCUGGGGGAAAGCAGCCCUUCCCCACUUUACCCGAGGAUACCCGCAUCAAGGCUUUCGAUAAGUUGCGUACCUGUUCAUCUGUCACGGUGGCUUGGCUUGGCACGCAGGACCGAAACAAAUACUGCGUUUACCGGCGAGAAGUCGCAGAAAGUUACGGCGAGGAGCAGCGGCGCCGCGAGCAGAACCAGUGCGCAGGACCGGAGAGCCGUAGCAAAUCCGAAAAGGUACUUUGCAAGUACUUCCACAGUGCCAACCUGCAGAAGGCCGUCACCACCGAGACCAUAACAGGCCUCGAGGCAGGAAAGAGCUACCUCCUGGAUGUUUAUGUGGUGGGACACAGCGGUCACUCAGUCAAGUAUCAGAGCAAACUGGUGAAAACAAGGAAGUACUGUUAAAAAAACAGAGACUCAGACAUACAGACUCUGCACAGAAGUAAAUAUAUUAUAUAUAUAAAAUGAGAAAAAAGAAGUUUAUUUAACUUGAAGUGAUAUUCUACUAAGGAGAAUUUUGCAGACUGACUACUUGCGCACAAUGCUAACGCUAACGACGCAUGUGUCGCGGUUAUUGAACUGCCUGUAGAGUGAGAUAUCAACCUCUGUAUUUAUGUUUACAUUACCGAAUCGAGUCUGGCGCUCUCAGGCCACCUUAGGCACCUGAAGGUUUGUUCUCAGGGGGUGCCGUCGCUGUUGCUACGUUAAGAGUCUCUAUCCUGCAUCCUCAGUGCCAUGGAUAUAGGAGUUUGGAGGAGUUGCGGUUCUCUUUUGGCCACUGCAUGCACCGUUUGUUUGUCGGUUUGUACUUCUUUGUUCUUAUGGCAGCCAUUGCAGAGGUAGCGCCAAGACUCUUCCUUUCCCCUCUCCCACCUUGUAUUCGAAACAUGGUUUAGAGGAUUUAAAUUAUUUCAUACUUCUCAAUGUUUUAUUUUUUUAACUGUUAUUUUUGUUAUUAUUAGUGAUUAAAAAGUCUUUUAAAUCUAUAUGAACGUUGACAUUGCUGAAGCAUUUCCCCACUGUCAGUGUGUGUAUGUAUAACUUCAGUUUGUGAAUCUGGUGUUUGUAAACGUGUUUCAUCAUCUGUGUGUCACAUGUACAGAUUUUCUCUGCCAAUAUUCAUGUACAUAAAACACUAAAUAUAAACAUCUGUAA